AUGGCGACGCCGCCGUCCCGCCCCGCGGGCGGCCGCCGCUCCACUGCGCAGGCGCGGUGCGAGAGGGUUAGCACCGCCUCCCCGUCCCGCGACGUUACUCCGGCGAGGCCCGCCCGUGGCCCCCCCCCGCCCCCCGGGCCGCCCCCCGCUGCCCGCCGCCACAAGGAGAAUAUCUCCGACGAGGACAGCCUCUCCGGGGACGCCAGCGACCUGAAGAUGCCCACGUCCCAGAUCAAGAGGAAGAAACGCCGGCACAGGACGGUGUUCACAGCUCACCAGCUGGAAGAGCUGGAGAAGGCUUUCAACGAAGCUCACUACCCCGACGUCUAUGCCCGGGAGAUGCUGGCCGUGAAGACGGAGUUGCCGGAGGACAGGAUACAGGUUUGGUUUCAGAACCGAAGAGCCAAGUGGCGGAAGCGGGAGAAGUGCUGGGGCCGGAGCAGCGUGAUGGCCGAGUAUGGCCUCUACGGGGCCAUGGUGAGGCACUCCAUCCCUCUGCCCGAGUCCAUCAUCAACUCCGCCAAGAGCGGGCUGGUGGGAUCCUGCGCCCCAUGGCUGCUGGGCAUGCACAAAAAGUCCAUGGAGGUGAGCAGGAAGGCGGAGAGCCAAGAGAAGCUGGCAGAUGGCUGGCGAGCGGAGCAGGAGGAGGAGGAACUCAAAGGGAAGCAGGCCAGUUCCCAGAGGGGCUCCGACAAGCUUGGCCCUGCAAAAGAUUCGGAGGACACAGCCAUCGACCUCUCCAGGACAGCCAAGCACGAGAAGAGGGGCGUACUGAGGCAGUGCAUCAACGGGGACCCCCCCCAGGAGCAGAAGGACAGGGACCGCUGA